GGGGUGUCCGGCCGUGCCCGGGCGCCGCAGCCGGGCAGGCCGCGGGGCUCCGCCGCGCCCGAACUUUUCCUUGGCAACUUCCUCCCGCCGGGAGAGAUGUGAUGCACCAUGCUGAAGUGAUCGCUUUCCUUGUGUUCUUAAUGUGAUCUUGGCAGACUCCACUUUUCACUAUGAGAAGUGAAUUGGCUCUUAUAACUCGGUUGCAGCAAAAAUGCAAAUUAUGGUUUUUCUUCCUUGUUGGAUUUUUCCAAUUCUGUUGAAUGUGUAAUUACAACUAUGGCAACAAAAGUAGAAAUAAAUUCUACUUUGGCGUCUUUGACGACUGUACCUGACUUAAAUGAAAUCACAAAUGAGGAUAAAUCACAGCAUGUGUAUGUAAGUGUGCUUUCAGAUGCAAGUAACAAGACAAAUGAACCUUCAGCAUCACUGACUGUUGAAGAGAAGAGAAAAUUCACGAAUACUUUGAGAUCUGCAACAAUGCCGACACUAGGAUCAAGGCCAAGACUUUUCCCAAAGCCUUUUUCUAAAGAGAAAUCUUCAGAUACUUUUGCAAAUGUAAAACCACCUGUUACAGCUUUCAGAUCAAGUAAUCUUAUUAGAAAGGCCACUGAAGAAACAUCGUCUGUUAAAGUAUUAAGUGGAAAUGUUCCUCCAUUAGUAGACCAAAAAGUAAUUGAAAGUGAAAAUAAGACUAACAGUGAAGUAGUUGCAAAUAUGACUUUCUACACUGGUCCCAGUGCUAAUACUGUCAUCCUUUUUGAGACAACUGGCACGGAACAAUCAAAGGUCGGCCUGGCCCCAGGAAAAAGGGCUAAUGAUGACCACAGAUUAUUUAGUGCUGUACAAACAAAAGAGCUUCAGUGUGUUGCAAAGCCUGAGAAACCAUCUCAGCCAUCUGAGACAUCCAGGAGAGCUGAAGGAUCUAUUCAUAGGCAGAUAUCACUUUCUUCUAAUCCUAGGCCAGUCUCUUGGAACUCCCUCAAAACUUGUGAAAAGAAGGAUGCUUAUGAAGGUAUUACAGGAGAGAGAACCAACGACGACACAAACAAUCUGAACAGUAGAGUUGUUUUUUCUGAUGUGCAGCAAAGGCUAAAACAUAGACCAGUAUCCGCUGUUUUUCUAGAAUCGUUAAGAGAUCAAAAGCAUCGCCCAAUGGAACCUUCAGAGGAAACAUCUCCUACAGAGAAAUCCUGGGUUAGAAAACCAAGGCCUUUGUCCAUGGACCUGACGGCUAAGUUUGAACAUAAAGAUCUUUCUUCCUGCAAAAAGACUUGCUCAUCUCAUGAGAGCAAGGAGAAUGUGUCUAUAACUUAUUUUACUGAUGUGAGCUGUCAUGAACAGUCUGAAAUGGGGCCAAAAAAUGAAGAAAUAGAAUUUAAUAAAGACAGUUCUUCUAAAACAAAUGUAAAGCGCAGUAGUCAGGAUAUUGGUGUCCUGAAUGGAGGGAAGCACAUAUGGGAAACGCAGCAUAAAUGUAAAAGUGAACAAAUUGAGACCAAACCAGAAAUAGCGACUAACUUGCAUGGUUCUGAAAGAAGCUGUGAAACUAGUAGUGACAACAAAACUAAUAAGGAGAUGAAAAAAAUGGAUCAAAAGGAAACUUGUAUGUUUCUAGCUCGUGAAAGCCCUGCAGUUUCCUCAGAAAAGGAGAACAGUAUCAAAAGGGGCAGUGUUAAAAAGCACAUUAGUUUGUUUGCUUCAGAAAGUCCCAGCACUCCGGUGGAUACAGAGCCUCUCCCAUCAACUGCUGAGAGGGAAAACAGAUAUGUGAACAUCCAACAGAGAAUCAAAGAACUUACAACCGAAAAUACAGACGGUAAACCAGGAAAUCUGCGCAGAUCCCUUCAAUCACGACCGCUUUCUGCAGACUUAACAAAGAUGUUUUCGAGUCCAGCAUCAACCAGUGAAUUCAAGCCGGAGAAACCUGUUGAAAUAAGAAGUGAUUCUACCAAUGAAAUACAAGAAAAUCAAAAAAGUAAGGAGAUCAAGCUCUCACAUGGCACAGAUUUCACUGAAGCAUAUGCUGUUGGGAAUCUUUGGAAACCCCGUCAGGUUUUAAAACUAACAAAUAAAGCUGAUCAGACAGAGACAAAAGGAAAUUCCCUUGAGAAAAGUGCUGACUAUCUCCAGCAAAGUGAAAGUUCUGUCUCAUUCACAAGCAGCUUUGAAAAAAAAUUAAAACCAACCGCGGUUAUAGAAAAGACCUAUGUUAAAACUGUCCGAGCCACCAUGUUUGACCAUAAUGUUCAGAGACAUAAUGUUGCUGUUGGUCAUUCUGGAAUUGAUUCUGCACUGAAGAUGAAUAAUGAAUUUGAAGGAAAACAUGAUGUGGCGACUUUGGGGCAUAACAGAGGAUCACAAGUGGGAGAAGCAGUGGAGGAAACUACUAGUAUAAAGCAGUAUCACAAACAAUCCCAUUCAUCAAAACAUAUAGCAGAUGUAGAAAAAAGUGGAAAACCACCUUGUUCAAAUGAAGGCAAGCAAGUGACUCGGGCAAUUCUAUUAGAAAAAUCUGCUCUUGAGAAAAGUGAAAAACACACUCCUAAAAAUGCAGAAGACUCUCUAACUUACCAAAGAAUAGAGCCAAGAUAUGAAAUCUUUCAAACAUUUGGUGAAAGAGCUCUUAGUGAAGCCAUUGCAAUAGCACCUGAAAAAAAGGCUGUGACACUCAGAACUAGAAAAUCAUCUGUGAAAGAGAAGAAAAAUGAUGGGGAUGUUUUACACACUGAUCAGCCAGCCACACUAAAUAAUAAAACUGACUACUUGAAAGAAGGUAGUAGUAUUUCAGAAACUAAAGACACAAAAGCUUUUCCAAGAAGGUUUACUUUUAAAGAACCUAAUGAUUUUUUCCCCAGUGGAUGUACUUUACCUGAACAGAGAAAAGACUCUGGUAAACCUGAAACUGAUCUGAUAGUAAUAGCAGAGAAAAUAUAUUAUUCUACAGACAAAAGUAAAUGCUUGGGACUAAAUGAACAAAAAAAUAAACUACAUUCUGAAGUUAAAAAUGAAGAGAGCGAAGUCUCUUCCAUAGAUGGAACAGAGAGGCCUAAUGUGACAAAAUACUCUUCUGAGAAAAGGAAUGUAAGACCAGGCAGAACAGAUGACCAUGAAUUCAGAACCAACUUUGGUCAUGAAGCUGUUUUAACCAGUGUAAAUAAGCAUGGGGGCCAAUCUUCAUCAAUGCUUUCAAGUGGACCAGUAUGUAAAUCUUCCAGUAGCCACCAUCCUGUUGUGGAAGUACUAACCAUUAGUAAAGAAGAAUCUAGAGCCUUUGAUUUAGGGAAAUGUCUAGACUCAAAGGGCAUAGAACAAAGCUUUAGCCUAAGUAGUAUAGCGCAUGAAAACAGAGAUAAAUUCAGAGUAACAGAACCAGAGGAAAAGGUCAGAAGAACCAAAAGUAGCAUUGCAGACUUGAAAAUUUCAGAAAGAUGGAGAAGGAAAACGUUGCCUCAGGAUUCUAUCAAGAUAGAAGAGGUUGGCUUGCUCACUCCUGAGAGUAUCAAAAGGCUGAAUAGAACAGAAUCAUUGCAAUUGGAAGAAGGCUCAGUUAAAAAGAGAAGCAAAAAAAGCAAAGAAGGAAUGGAAGGAAAUGAGGCAAACCAAACUGUUGUUGGUAUUCCUGACGAUUACCUGAAAAAUCAGAGUAUUGCUUUUGAACCAAAGGCAACUUAUUUUGCAGUUACUUAUCAGGUUCCUGGUGACAAAAAAGAGAAAAGCUUUGGUACUCCUAGUGCAAGUGAAACUAGUAAAAUUUUUCCCUCAAGUGAGGUAGUAACAACUAAUUUGGACCCUGUUUUUUCCAAAAGGUCCAAACCUGUAUUACAGCAACCAAAUAAAAAUACAACAUCUACAAAUUGUAGAGAAGACUCACGAGGUGUGUAUAUUAAUAAGGAUUGGGUCAAAGAGGAAGAAAAAAAUGAAAUUAACUUUUCCAAAAACAUUGCAUUCACUGAUUUUCAGGUAUCUGGGAAAGAUAACCAGAAGUAUCAUGAAAGAAGUCUGGAUUGCUCUAAAGAGAAAAUUAUAGAUGUUGAUGCUUUCCUCUUAAAACAGGACCUGGAAAAUACACCUCAAACUGAUCUCAAAAGUAGUGGAAGAAAAAUCUCUUCUUACCUUGAAUCCAGAUCUCCCCUACGUUUUCCACAGUCACAUAAAAAAAGUGAACUAGUAGGCCAGAAGAGUAAUGAAAAUAAUUAUGAUUUAGCUGGAGGGAAGACUGAGCAUGGUUAUAGAUCGCAAAUUCUUGAUAUUGAUGCACUUAUGGCAGAAUAUAAAGAAGAAUCUGUGAUUCAGGACAAGCUCUCUGAAGACCACAGUUUAUUUAAUAGGGAGUUACCAAAGAACAAAAGAAAUGUGUCAGAUUGGACUUUUUCCUCCAAUAGUUGGAAAGAGAGAAAGGGGUCAUCAGAUCACUGUUCUUUUAAAAACAAACAAGGUGACCAGGCAGAAGAGUACAACAGGCCAGAGAAAUUAAUCCUAAAUGAAAAGAACAGUGAGAAACUGGAAUCCUGUGGCCCUGAAUUUGAUAAGCAAAAGUCCAAAGACAGAAAGUUCAGCCCUCCUUACUGGGGAAAUCCUAGCAGCUUGUUUUCAGAUAAGUUAGUAAAUUCACCUGUGGAGUUCACCAGAAAAAAAACAUUCAUCAUUGAUGAAGAUCAGGAAGUGAGCUUAACUUCCAGCCAACGAAGCUUGACAUUCGCAAAUGAUAAGAUACAUCCUACAAAUGCAGUUGGUACAGACCAGAAGUUGGAAAUUAAUUUAGCUUCCAAGCUGUCCGUAAAGGCAGACAUUGGCCAGUUACAGAAGAAGUUGAUCACAAAAGAACAGUUUGUGGAUGUGGCUCCAGAAGGUGACUGGAGCAAAGAUGCAACAAGGAGCUUUAUAACUAAGAACAAAGAUGAUGCAAGUAGGACAUCACGUGACAGUGACUUUUCCAAUGCGAAGAGUAAAACUGACUGGAAAAAUUAUACAUCUGCUCUAGGAAAUGCACCACCAGAUUUAAGACGAUCAUAUUCAGAAAAGAGUCGCCAAGGAAAAGACAAUGUACCACUUACGAAAGAAGCAAGAGGAAGAAAGGAUCUGUAUCAAUUCAGACAGAGCUUCCCACCAGAAAAUAUGGAAAAUGGGUGGAAAAAAAAGAUGUCAUCUCAAUCAGAAUCUUUCUUCCGUGAAGAUAAAAAGGCUUCUGGAAAAGUGUGGACCAAGCAGAGUUCUGAAAAAUCAGAUGGAACAGACUUUACAUUGGUUUCUAUUCAGAGAAGAAGCUAUAGUUUCUAUAAAGACAGAAGGGCAGAUAACUGGACGGCUACUGUUAGUGCUCUUCUCCUGGCUUUUUCAGGGCUGACCCUUUACCAUCGAACUGCUGAUCAGCUGAAGCAGUGCUUCUCCAGACAGCCCCCUGAGGCUAAGGACACAGAUACGCUGGUGCAGGAGCCCGACAGUCAGUACGGUACCUGGAACGAGCAGCGGCACAGCGGGGACAGCUUUGCACCUGAAUCUCCUUCCUCAGAAAACAAUGUCAUUUCAACGAGAAGGCAACCACCAAACAGCCAUCCAUCUUCUCUGUCCUCUCAAACGGAACCUGCCUCCCUGGUUGAUCACCAUGAUUCCUCAAAAGACCAAAGGAGCACAAGUUUGGACCGUUCCAGCACUGACAUGGACUCCACUGAUGGCACUGAUUUACCUCCCCCAGGAGACACCUACCCUGAUGAAAAGACCACUGAUUUCUCUUUCAUUGAUCAAACCACUAUCCUGGACUCCAGUGCGCUGAAAACUCGUGCACAGCUCAGCAAAAAGAGACGCCACCGGGCUCCUAUUUCUCACUCUCUUAGAAGAAGCAGGGGAACAGAGUUUGAAAACAGAUUUUCUUUGGAAGAUCCAGACAGUUCGUGGAUGUUUAAAGAUUCCACAGAAGAGAAGAAAACUAUGCAACAGGAAGAUUCUGAUGAGGAAGAAAAAAUAUAUCGUACUGGGAAAUCAUCUUUUGUACAAGCUCAGAGACUUCCUGUGUUCCCAGGAAUGGAUCACUCUGUUCUCAAGGCCCAGUUGCGGAAAAGACAAGAGUCUGAGACUUCUGGUGAAAUAAGUUCUGCCCAGCUGUUUAAAUCCCCUAAACCACAAUUGCAGCAUGCUGUUCCUGGUAGCAGACUACUGCCCUCCAGCGUGGAGAAGGAGGACAGGUCAGAAGAAAAGUCUCCUCAGUGGCUGAAGGAACUGAAAUCAAAGAAGAGACAGAGCCAUUAUGAGAAUCAGGUUUGAAAAGAUAAUGAUGAAAAUUAGGAGAAGAUAUAGGAGUUUAACAGAAGCCUUAACUCAUCUGAACCUAAAAUUCACAUGUCAUGUUGCUGCUGUUUGCUUCCUGCCUCAACUGCUAUGUGCAUGGUGCCUUCCUGUUUUGUGGAGAAAGCUGCUUAAUGUUCAUAGUCAAAUACAAAGCUGUACCUUUUCAGAUAUGGGAGGAUAGUCACUUUAGCCCUACCUGGAAGAAGAACCAGUGUUUCAUAGUUAGCACUUCAGAGAGUUUUGAGAGAUUGUAAUGUUUGAUCUAGGAGUGCUGUGAAUCAGAAAAGUCCCCCUCCAUGUUGAGCGAAGACUGCAUUUCUACAUGUGUGUUCACUGACUCAAAAGUAUGACUUCUGGUAGGCAUGUCAGGUGUAACGCUGGUUUUGUAUUUGUUUAUGAAAUUUUAAUCAAUUUUAUCUUUUUUGUAAAAAAAAAAAAAAAAAAAAAAAGAAAAAAGAAAAAAGAAAAAAGUAAGCUCCUAUUUAGAAUUAAGUUUGUGCAAGGUGAGAGUGAAAGAACAAAUUAUGUUUACUGCCAUACUGAAAAAGGAAACUUGAUUAUUUUUUGUAAAAUGUAUUUUUGAUUGGCUUAUAUUUACAUGUGAUCUGCUGAUCUAGCAGAUGAAUAUAAUUUUUAGAUGAACAAAAUGUUAAUUUUUGUCAUUCUUGAAAUGGUAUUCUGUGUUUUGUCAGCAUGUGGAAUAAUUGCUUCAUUGGAAUGUCUUUCCUAAAAAAGAUCAAGCAAUAAUGUCAACCAGUUCUCUUUAAAAAUAAAUGUAAAUACUGUUUUUUAUUACAAAAAAGGAAGGGAAGAGGGAGGAUGUUAAACUCAUAUCAGGGUUCCAGUUAAUUAUUGAAUGUCACUUUAAUAGCAGUUCUCAUAGUCCCACUUCAUGUUUUUGUUCAUUAGUCUGUAAAUAGCAGUUUUACGUUUUUAUUUCUGCGCUAAUUUUGUGGGAUAAGCUAAAUGUGUUUUUUGAGUUUCUCAAAUUAAUUACCUAUCUUCUUUUGGUAAGUCCAUGGUUAUAUUAGCAGUGUAGAUAAUAUCCUGCAUAGCACUGAUGUUCUGAAUAUCACUGAUAUCACAAAUAUGUUAAUAUAGAUAUUGAAUACAGAUUCUGCUAUAUCAACAAAGAUGUCCAUUUAAGACACAGUUUAUUCUUUUCCUGAACAAGUGCUCUUUUCAGAAAACCUUUAAAAAUGUAACCUAACAAGGGAGUUUAUUCUCUCAUGUCAGUAUUCCUCACAACUCAGCUAAGAAAGUAGCAACAUAGGAAAAACUGAGAAUCAACAGAGUUCUCCUCGUUUUCUCCUCUGGUACCCUUCGGCAGCAAAGGGUUCCGCCAGGGCCCCCUGCAAAGCCUCUGUCGUAAAACCACUUCUUUAACCGUUUUGACCAGCAUAGCAGCUGGGGAGAGACAGGAGUGGAAACAGAUUGCUGCUUACUACAUUGCACUUCUUGUGUCCUACUGAUGAGAUUCUCUAAUUAUUCAAAAUAAUGCACCAGCACUUGAACUCCUUUUUGCUUUUUAUGAUCAGAAUUUCAGAAAGCUUGAUUUUUGUGGGGUACCGCAAGGGUGCAUCUGCUAACCGAAGUGGCGUGCCUGGUCUGCUGUCUAGCGAGCUUGUAGCUGCCAAAACUAUGUGCCAAUUCGUCUCAUGGAGAAGUCACAGAUGAGGUGAUCUAUCUUUCUUUUUUUCUUCUUCUCUCUCUCUCUCUCUUUUUUUUUUUUUGUUAACUCUCAGACUGCUCUUAGGAAAUCACAGCAGUAUGGCAGGAGACAAGUCCCAUAUGCACCUCUCUUCCCAGAUUUAGUUUCAAAGCAGUUUCCUAUACUUAAUGGAGAUCAAAUGAGUAUGUUUCUCUAGUUUAAAAGUCUUUGCUCAUUGCUUGUCCCACUUCACAUCAGAGCUGUUUUAGGGCCUCUUCUGCUACCAGUCAAGAUAUCACCAGGAUUUCUGCCAGUAUUUCCUUUUAUGUAGCUUGUUACCUAGAUGGAUUUCCAUUUGAUUGCAGUUGACCAGAGUAUUAAAGAGCUACUCUUAACUAAUAUUAAGAUGAGUUGUAUAUAUUUUUUUCCUUCUUCUUUAGAUGAUGGUGGAAAAGGCAACUCUUUUAGAAAAGCUUUGCAUAUGUGUCUUUUGGGGAUUUUUUUUUUGUUUGUUUUUAAAGACAGCAUUCAAAGUGUGUCAUCAGUUGUAACCAUCUAUGAUGUAUACACUUCAGUUAGUUUUAAGCAGCAAUGUUUGUAGGUGUGAUAGAGGAAUAAUGAUCGUUUCUCUUAUCAUUACUCAAGUCAGGUGGGGCUUACUUUAAAAAGUAUCUAGAAAUCAGGUAAAUUCCCCCUGCUUACAAGAAUAUUUACACAUGCUAAAUUUUAGAAUUCAGCAGGCUGACAGUGUUUCGUUACCAAUAUCUGGAGAGUUUAAUGCUUCUUGGUCUAAUAAAUGAAGACCAGAAAUUAUUAAAUUAAAUUGCAGUAUUUGCUCUGUGUGUGAGGAAACUGAGGGGAAGAACAUUAGGUUUCCACAAAGCCUUUGAAUGUAUAUGCAUUUCCACAUCUGCUUGGACAAUGCACUGAAACUUAGCUGUAUUUAGUAGUUUAACUUACUACUGAGAAAUGUUAAUGCUUAAAUGCCUGAUUAAAAAGCAUCUUUAGAAUGUUGUUGAAUGAGAAAGUGUUUUUUCUGCUCUAUCAUUUCUUGUAUAUGAAUUAAAUAUCUAUUUUCUUCUCUUCAGAUUCUCACUAUGUAAUAAGAGAUCUAUAUGUUAUUACUUCAUAAAUGAUAGAACAUACUGUAAUACAAAUUAUACAAUUUUAUUUUAAUUCAAAUAAUGCUUAUUAAGUUUUUCUUUUGUUGCCACAUGUUGUAUUUGCUGUUAAUAUAAGAUGGGAACGAGCUCUUAGUUUCAGCACUUUUUUCAGAUGUGAUUUUUUUCAUUGAGUAUUGGAAUCUGUAAUGAGAGCAGAUUUCAACUCUUAUGCUAACAGUGUUUAAUAACAAAUGUGAUGGAGAUCCUGGCAUUCCCUGUGGAGUACAGUGUAGUAGAAGUAUUUAGUCUGUUACUUUGAGACUACUCUACUUUUUUUUUCCUGCUGUUUCUUCAAAAGUUGUAUCAGUAGAGCACCUUUUUAAAAAGUGAAAGUAGAUGGUUUGUGGAAUUUAAAAGUGUUUAUUUUCUGAUUGCAUUUUUCUCUAACAGAAAUCCUCCCUCAGUUUUAAUAUGGAUACAUACAGCCUUCCUAUUUCUUCUUACUGCAACCUCCAGCUAUGGAUUUCUUUCUUUUCAUUUUCUGUUUGCAGAUCCACCUUGUUAAAGUUUGUAUAGCUUUAAUUUUAGUAGUUAUUUGUUCGAAAGUUUACUGCUUUGGUACUGCUUCUAUUUACUCUAUAGAAAGAUGCAACAUUUCUGCUCUUUCAGCCUUUGAACUCCAAAACCUUUCUAGAAUGUGGUCUGCUAGGACUCAAACCUCCCACCUUCAUGCUUGCACAGAGGUUUCCCUUCACUCUGGUAUUUUGUUUGCAGGCAAUUAUUGGCAAACUACUGGAUGCAUUUAAUGUAAGAUUAAUAAAUGCAAACUGUUACUCAGUUGUUAUAUCUGGAGCAGCAGCAUCAGUUAGGUGACAAGUUUAAGUACGUGUGCAAACAUACUGAAAUAUGCCCCGUCUUAGGGAAUUAAACUGAGGAUGUGGUUUGAUGUCAGUGUUACUUGGAGAGCUGAUACACCAAAAGAUAUUGGGGAUCAGAGCAGUUCCAAGACAAAUAUCAUAUUAAUAUUUAUACACCUUUAAGUCUCUGCCCAGAGAAAUGAACUCCUGUCUCUACGCUUUUCACUUACUAUGGAAGGAGAAAACCUUAUUGCUGAUACUACAAUAAUAUUACGCUUACUAUUACUGCUUGUGGACAUCAGGAAUGUCUUUGGCAUACAUCUUAUUUAACUGUCUGGAGCCAAAGGAAUUGCAUAUCCAGAAACCCUGUGGUCCCAGUCUAAAUAUGUCCCAGUUCUGUGGUACCAGGAACGUGGUUAGAGUGGAUCCAUAGGAGGAGAGCAGAAUUGCUGGCAUGAACCAGGCCUAAUUUGUUUUGUUUUGUUAAAAAUCGUGAAGUCAGUUGGAUGUAAUGUUUUAGGAAACAGCAGUGUGUUCCAUGCAUGUGAUGGGGUGGAAGGGGUUUACUGGUCACUAAAUGCAGAUAGCUAACUUUGAAUGGUAAAACUGCACUUUCUACUGGGAUUGCCUGGAGAUGGGAUGGAGAUGGGUGCAGAGCUCAGCUCUCCUGAAGUAGCUGCAUCCGCCUUGAGUCCUUCUGUCUGCUGUGGCCAUGUCCUGGGGUAGGGAUGUUCUUUUGUGGCCGUGUUUUCAGUGUUGUUUACUGCUACUGCAAAACCAGCCCCAACAAAAACAAACUAUUCCAGUAAAAGCAGGGUUGUCCUUACAGCUGUGCUCCGCCGAAGAAGGCGUUGUUGGUCAGCGAUCGCUGCUGUCCCGUUCCUGAGGGGCAGUUGCGCAAAUCCGUGGCGUGGACACAGCGAAGCAGCCGGCCCCCGUCCCGGAUGGCAGGGCGCAUGCGGUGCUGUGUUAGAUGAGGAGCCCAGGCGCCGCCCUCGGGGCAGCUCCAGACCCAGCGGCUUGGCCCUGCUCGGGAUAGAAAUGGUGUGAAGGAAAAGCAGAUGCUUGUUUUCGUAUUGACUUGACCUCUGAACUCAUGAGAGUCCUCAGCUGCUGCUCUUCCUAGAUCCUCCUGUGAAUUAGGGAACGAAAGAUGUGCUUUUAGGAAGGACAGGACUUGCGCGGCAGAGACCAGACUCCAGGGAGGUUUAGCUGGACCCGGGGAUGCAGCCCGCUGAGGCUCCUCGCCCGCAACUGCGGAGCUGAGGCACCUCUGGCUCCCGCCGGGUCUGUCCCGCGCGGAUGCGAGCGGAGGGGGCGAGUGACGGGCCUCGGUGGGAGGACGAGGUUCGGAGCAGCCUGUCCUGAUCGGCGUCAUUCCCGACGCGCUUGGAGCCACUGCUUGGCUGCCUCCCCCCGCGGCUGUCAUCCUCCCAGCUCAGAGUACUGCUGCACAGCUCUCGUCUGAAAUAGCUUUUCAUGCUAUUGGUGGGAUUUGGAAAAGGAGGAGGGACGAGGUCUAAUGGCUGAUGGGUUCUCCUCUUUCCAUGUUAAACAUGAUGAGAGUAUGACACAGCUAUUGUAUAGAUAACAGUUUUUUUAUAUCAUUCUACAUAGCCUUAUAGAAUAUGUAAAUAUGGGUCACACAAAUACAUUGUGCUAUAGAAAAUAUUUUGUACUACAUAGUUUCCUAAGUAAUAAAGAUAUUCUGAUUGUUGUGUAUUGUAUUGUACAAUUAUGAUUCAAAGUUUAGCUUUACCAGAUACUGAAAAAUCUAUUUUCUAACAAUAUGCUGUGAGCAUCUCUCGUAGGGAUUUGAGAGGCUGACAGCAAAAGGCAAUUGAGUUCUGUAAGGAAGAGAAGUUCGAUGAGAUCCUAGUGUCCAUUCUGUCAUGUUUUUGCAAUUGCCUUAUCAGUGUACAAGGUCCAUGAGUUUGAACAUGAAGAUUCAUGGGCACCGUAGCCACCACAAAACUAAAUGUAAGCGGGGAUGCUGCCGAGGAACGGACUGGUAAGAAAACUCCUGUAUUUUUAAUCUGUUGAAAAUAGGCACUGUCAUGUUUGGUAAAAGAAACAAAUUAAUCCAUUCCACUUUCUCCUUUGAGUACUUCUUCUGUAUAGAAGUGAUUUUAUAUUUUACAGCCAAGAGGUUUCAUAUUCAAAGAAAAGAUGAAAAUGUGAAAAGGAACUGCAAUAAAAAAUGAACUAAAGAAA